ACGAUACAUCGGGCUAAAUUAGUCUUUGGGCUAGGCUCGUCGAUUCCACUUUAGAAACGACGUCGCUUCUGAAGAACACAAACAUGAUACAACUUCAAUUAAUCGGCUAGUUGCAUUGGGAGAUCUGGUCUGAUCAUCUUGUAUAAAAUCUUGUAUAUACAUACACAUCUGUAUAAAAUACAUAUACAUCAAGUUGAGAUGAAUGAAAUUGUUGAAGACAAAGUGCAGAUUACACUCAAAACAAUUGGCCCUUCUCCUCCAACUCGCCUAAAUCUACCUUCUUCCAUUAGGGUUCAUGAUCUCAGAAAAUUGGUUGCUGAGAGUCGACGUUUGCCUAUUGAAAAUUUGAGGCUUAUUCUGCAUGGGAAGGUUUUGCAUGACAGCAAAGACGGGAAUCAUAUGUUUAUUAAACUAUGUGAUGGAGAUUCCAUGAUUGCUGCUGUCAAACCAAAGCCACCUGUCAGACAUGGGAGAGAUGGGUUAGAAGAGGAUGAUGACGAUGAUUUGAAAUUUCAGCUUCCGCAUUCAACCAGUGCAUGGAAAAGAAGAAUUUUCAAUUUUCUGCAUGACAAGUUAAAGCUACCAGAUUUUCUACUGCUGGCAUUAUCCUCUCUAAGUCUAAAAAUGUGGGUCAUAAUCAUCUUGUGGUUCAUCUUGGCACCUGUUGCCCAUAGAUGGGACGUUGGACCUCUGUAUAUACUCGGGACAGGCUUUGUUAUUAUCUUCAUUAACCUUGGAAAACGACAACAUGGUGAAAUGAGUGCAUAUUCUAUCUUCAACGAAGAUUUCAGAGAACUUCCUGGAACAUUCAAUGCAGAUCGUGUUGAUAGAGACAUCCGAGCAGGUCAAUUAUAAGUUUUGUGCUAUUUCGCAGCAAAAAUGAAUAUCAAUGAUCUGUUAAAUUGUACAGAAUGUAUAAGAUAGACUUUGUUCAAAAUUGUGUAUGUCAUAGCAGCAGUGAUUCUUCCGCGGCUUGGUCUUUUUAA